GCACAAACGGCGCCAAUAUAAUAAAAGGAAUGGAAACAUGCAACCUCAAAAUUUUCUUGAACUUAUUUAGCCGACCAUUGUUGCUUCCGUGUGAUCACUUGUUUUGCAAUGCGUGCAUUGUUUCAUCAACAAAACUUGGCUCAGAAUGCCCUCUCUGUAAAGUCCCAUAUGCCAAUCAAGAUCUUAGGCAUGUGCCUUUCAUGGAGAACAUUGUGUCAAUCUUUAGGACUUUGGAUGCUACAUUCCAUGCCAGUCUGUCUGAUUCUAUUGACAGUGGGGUUGGUAAAAGUGUCAUGAAAGAUAAAUGCAGCGUGCAAAAGGAUCUUCUACCUAAAGAAUUUGAGAUGUCUAGGAGUCGAGAUCAAUAUACUGGUGCCACAAAUCCUGGUUUGCCAAUGCAAAGUUCCCAGGUACGAGCUUCUCAAGAGUCUGAGAAUGGGGAAGCAUGUGUGAAUCUGGUUGAACAAGCAUCGAUGGAAAGCCCUCCUUCAUUUGGUGAUAUUAAGGGCUCUGACAAUGACAGUAGUGAUCUUAGUCCAAAAAUGCAUCCAGCAAAGAGAAUCUUUGAUAUGACAAGACAGGGGUUUCAUGAUGGUUCUGCCUCUGAAAUUGGGGGUGACUUUGGGGAACCAAAAAGACAAAAGAAAUUGAACUAUGGACCACUGGAUAUGGCUGUGGAAAGUCCUAACCAUGGGCAAUCCAUUCUGCAAACUGAAACUUUAGCGACUUCUAACUGCAAAUUGGAAACUAAAUCUGUGGUGCUUCCUGCUAGUGAAGUGAUGCAGGCAAAUACAGCCAUCUGUGGAUUUUGCCAGUCCUCAAGAGUGUCAGAGGCCACGGGACCAAUGCUACAUUAUGUUAAUGGAACUGGAAUUGCAGUGACAGGAGAUGAGGCAAACUGUUCAAAUGUUAUUCAUGUACACAGCUCAUGCAUUGAAUGGGCACCACAAGUGUACUAUGCUGGUGAGUCUGUCAAGAAUUUGAAGGCAGAAUUGGCUAGGGGUUCAAAGCUCAAGUGCAGCCAAUGUGGGCUGAAGGGAGCAGCACUAGGGUGUUAUGUGAAAUCCUGCAAGAGAAGUUAUCACGUUCCUUGUGCAAAGGAGAUCCCAAAGUGCCGCUGGGACUUUGAUGACUUUCUUCUGCUCUGUCCAUCUCAUUCUUCAGUCAAAUUUCCAAGUGAGAAGUCUCGAAAUUCCACCUCAAAAGAUUGUGCAGCAACAACUCAUAUGUAUAACCUUGAUCUCUAAUCUCUUGUACUGCUUUGUUGAUUGACAACUGAAUUGUUUUACUGGAUAUCUUUUCAAUAGUGUUUUUUUGGUUAUGAUGUUUGAUUAAUUGUUUGGUUAGUCCCAUUGGAUAACUUUUGUAUAUCUUAAAAGUCUUGUUGUUCUGCUGCCUCUUCUCUUCCAUAUUAAUGAUAGAUUUCCAUAGUUUGAAUGUUGAUAUCUGUUUUUCUUGAAUUGCUUAAGCACACCUUUAGCAAGUAUUAAAUUCAUGAGCAAUUG